AUGGUGGUGGCGGUCGGCAAAGAACUACCCAAUGGCGAUGAUCCCAACAACCUCUCCAUCGCGAUCAUCGUCUUCGGUGCCAUUGCGCUAUACAAUGUUCUCGAGCUCAACUACAUGGUCCUAUGGACCUUUCGGAAGAGGAGGGGCCUUUACUUUUGGAGUCUUGUCGUCGCAACAUGGGGGAUCGCUGUGAAUUCGAUUGGCUAUCUGCUGGAGCACCUGCAGCUGAUCAACCAGACCCAAAUAUAUUCGACCUUGAUCGUCAUUGGAUGGAUCUGCAUGGUCACCGGGCAGUCAGUGGUACUGUACUCGCGACUUCAUCUCGUCAUGCCCGAUGAGAAGAGGCUGCGUGCAGUCCUGUGGAUGAUCAUCAUCAACGCCGUCGUCCUACACAUUCCGGUCACGGUCUUGGUGUACGGCUCCAACUCCAGCAAUCCCGCCCCGUUCUUCAAGACGUAUUCGAUUUACGAGAAGAUCCAGUUGACCAUCUUCUUCCUGCAGGAGACCAUCAUUUCGGGUCUCUAUGUGUGGGAGACGGUGAACCUCCUACGCUUCACGAAGGACAUUCGCGGCAAAAGAGGAGCGCGCCGGGUGCUCAACCACCUUAUUUUCGUCAACAUCGUCGUCAUCAUGCUUGACAUCAGCAUCCUAGGCCUCGAGUUUUCCGAUUACUACAACCUACAGACCGGCUAUAAACCGCUUGUCUACAGCAUCAAACUCAAGAUGGAGCUGAGCAUCCUCAACCAGCUGGUCGAGCUAACACGCGCCUCGUCUCAAGCCAGCUUCUCCAUGUCCAACAGUAAUGGCGACCCGGCGACACCUGCCAUAACCCUAGAUACCCUACAGAGCACACAACAGCGUCGGGCGAGGAGAGACAGAGAUAUGUGGGAUGUCGAGAUGGGCAGUAAGGUGAAUAUUGUGGGUCAUAAUGAUCCGAAUUCCAGAUCGAGCAACGCGGGCGUACUCCGAUCGACGGAAUUUUCAGUGCAGCACCAACGCUCCAAUUCUGCGAGGGACACACAUGGUUUUCUUGCUAGCGCACCAGGCAGUGCCGUGACGAGUGAGAAUGAUCCGGCUGAUGAUGCUUCAGCGUCAUCUUACGCACAUUUAACCCGUCUCGGUCGUUAG